CUACUGAAACACAGGAAGUGCAAGAGGAAAGAGGAAACACAGAGUUGUCAUUAAUUUGGGGACAGUUACAAAGACAUGAAACCAGCGUUGAGAUCAGAAAAGGAAAAGGGACAAAGACGUAUGAGCAGCAUGGACAAGGUUUUCCUCAUUCUGAUUCUUGUGGGAGGAUUCUGGAAGACUGAAGCUAUAUCUGUAGAAGGAGAGCUGGGGGGAGACGUCACAAUUCAAUGCUCUCACGCUUAUGCAUCUGACAACAUCAAAUAUUUCUGCAAGGACCCUUGUGAGGAUGAAGACGUCCUAAUAAGAAGCAGCCAAAUCAGUAGAGGCAGAUACAGUAUCAAAGAUGAAGGAAGCACGUUCAACGUGACCAUCUCUCGUCUGACAGAGGGCGACGCAGGAAAAUACUGGUGUGGAAUAGAGAGAGCUGUUAAGGACACGUACAAAGAAGUCGUCCUCACGGUCGUAAAGGGAAAAACACAGGACCCUGAAGAGGACUUUUCACAAUCAACUAUAGGUGAAGCACUUACUACAAAUGCAACACUUCCUGCAUUUACUACAAAUGCAGCACAUCCUGCAUUUACUACAAAUGCAGCACAUCCUAAUAAGUCAGAGUCUGGAGGGAAGCUGGUGUACAUCGGAGCAGGCCUCGGGGGGGUUGUGCUGGCUCUGGCGGUGGUGCUGCUGAUAUUCUUCAAACAUCGAAACAAAGAAAUCAGCACAACCUCUGGAAAGCACCAGAACACGGAGUAUGCAUCGCCGUCCAGUCAGAGUGGAAACGGCCACAGCAGCAGGGACCAAUCAGAUGACUUGUUCUACUCCACUGUGAACUUCAACACGCACGCCGACUGCAGAGGUGUCACACAUCGCCCUGCAGAGGUCACAUACUCCACCAUCACACACAUCCCAACGGAUGAAUCAGACUUGUAUUGUAACCUCUAAACUCAGUUCUGAAUAUGUUCACAGUCAUGUGCAGUAACAAUACGUGCUGUAAAUACCCACCGCUUGCAGAGAUAUAUAUUGUGACAAGGAGACAAAAAUAUUUAGAAAUGUUUUUUAAUUUAACCACAAUAAAAUAAAAGAUAAUAGAGA